GCCUGCGUCCCGGACACCGCUGGGCGUCCCCGGCCGGCCGGCAAGUGGCGGCCGCAGGCCCCGCCUCUCCCCGCAGGCUGCUCGGCGGCAGACCGGGGCGGGCGGAGUCGGUCGCCACCGCAUGCCGCCGCGGCCCGCCGGAGCCAUGAGCUCCCACCGCAGCGAGAGCGACUGGCAGGGGCUGGUGAGCGAGUAUCUGGUGUGUAAGAGGAAGCUGGAAAGUAAAAAGGAGGCACUGCUAAUCCUUUCCAAAGAGCUGGACACCUGUCAACAGGAAAGAGACCAGUACAAGCUCAUGGCCAACCAGCUGCGGGAACGACACCAGUCGCUGAAAAAGAAGUACCGGGAGCUGAUUGAUGGAGAUCCAUCCCUCCCUCCUGAAAAGAGAAAACAGGCGAAUCUUGCUCAGCUACUGAGCGAGGCUCAAGAUCGAAACAAACAUCUUGGAGAAGAGAUCAGAGAGCUUCAACAGAGACUGGGGGAAGUCCAAGGGGACAAUAAGCUCCUCCGAAUGACAAUAGCAAAGCAAAGGCUUGGAGACGACGAAGUUGGAGCUCGCCACUUUGCAGCACACGAACGGGAGGACCUUGUUCAACAACUGGAGAAGGCUCGAGAGCAAAUCGAAGCGCUGAGGUACGAUCUUCAGGCUGCACUGGAUGAGCUACAGGAUGUGAAAGAGGAAAGGUCUUUUUACCAAGAUAAGUCUGACAGACUAAACCAGGAACUUAAUCAUGUCUUGGGAGGGCAUGAGAACCGUAUCAUCGACGUAGAUGCUCUCUGUAUGGAGAACAGGUAUCUUCAAGAGAGAUUAAAACAACUUCAAGAGGAAGUCAACCUUCUCAAGUCUAAUAUUACUAAAUAUAAGAAUGCACUAGAGAGACGAAAAAAUUCCAAGAGUCACGGCAGAUCCAGUAGCAGUGCCCUGACUGGAGUCCUGUCUGCAAAGCAAGUCCAAGAACUGCUGUCGGAGGAUCACGGAUGUAGCCUGCCGGCCACACCGCAGUCCGUUUCAGAUCUCAAAUCACUGGCCACUGCAUUGCUGGAAACUAUCCACGAAAAAAACAUGGUCAUACAACACCAAAGGCAAACCAACAAAAUUCUAGGUAAUCGUGUGGCAGAACUAGAAAAGAAGUUAAGAACUUUGGAAAUUGCUGGCUUGUGGAGUCUUCCAGGCCUGAGCUACAAUGUCUCAGUGGGAUUUGGGAGUGGAAAGGAUACCAUAACGUUCGGUGACCCAGCCUUGCCUGUUAUACAGAGGUCCAGGUCACCCUUGUCAGCACUUACUGAUAAGCCACAGAAAACUGAAGUACAAGCAGGACAGAAGGGAGAACGUGAUGAAACUUGUGCUGUUGCAAGUGAGUCCUUGGCUCCAGAGGGAACAAACUUAAAUAACAGAAACCAAAAUAAACAUUUUUAUCCUUCAUUACCUCAGCUACCUUCCGAGGAAGAGGAAAUAAACAAGCUUGGAAGUCAGAUAAUUAAGCUGACAGCACAGGCAGUUGCAGAACUGGAAGGGAAAAGAGCAGGAGCUUCUGCGGGGGAGCAGGACUCGGUGGUUGGAGCAGAGCUUAAUGGCUCAUCUGAGGGAGAGUUGCCACUUUCCAGCCCUGACCCAUCCGACCCCACAGAUCCCUCAAACUCAGAGACCGAACAGACAGCUGAAACCGAGGCCCUGAAGGACACCAACGAAACCUCGGAGAGCGACUGUGAAAUCCCAAAGGAGAGCGGGGGGCAGGACUGCAGCACCGGGGGUGUGGUGCGUCCCCAGGGCCUUGGGGGGCACGGAGAGCUCAGUGGCACAGCUGCACACACACAUAACAGCUCUCAGGAGCUCCCUGAGCCUGCCAGCAAGAAACCAUCUGAUCCUGCCAAAAACUGUGAAUAUUUGGAUAACAGUGUGGCUUGAGCUCACCUGAUGAAAAGGCAGGAAGCUAUUUCAGCAGCUACUGAGACCCCAGUUUAAUGAAGCUCUGAAGGAAACAUCACCAGAGAAGCCAGAAGUCUUUCUGUGAGAAAUGGCAGUGCUGUUCCCAAGCAAGGGGAAGAGCAAGAGGAGCAGCAGCGAUGCUCUGUCCACCUGCUUGGCAGUCUCAGUUCCUGGACUUGUGUUCCUCAAGUCAGAGGAGCUGCAGCAGCCCUCGGGCCGAGUACCGGGUGGUGGAUUUCAGCCUGCUCCAUCUGUGCCCUCCUUUCUGAAGGAAUCUGCUUGGUUUUCUUACCCUUUGGAAUUAAGGAGAAAUCUUCCUUUCCUCCUCACCUCGCCAGCCUGUGGUGUGGUAGAAGGUUUAUUUGCAGCGUUGCUGCUUUUGUACAUUUCUUCCCUCCUUGAUGUAGUCACAGGAAAACAUUUCCUUACUAAGUGGAGAAAAGGGAGGCUGCUGUGUCAUUGCCUGGCUCCUGAUGCUGGAGCUGUGCCACUCUGCUCCUAGGAAGGCAGCAACAAGGGAAUGGUUAACGUUGAAGUCAGCAGCUGUUGGAGAAGGGGAGGCAGUCCUUCCUCUCCUGUUUGUAGCAUAAGGAACAGUCUCUGCAGCUGUGGAGCUUCUAUGGGCCAGCAGCCGUCAAGGCAAUUUUUCUGCUGGCUUGGGACCUAAUUGUCUGUAACUGUUCAUUUCUCACUCCUAGAACUUGAAACCAAUCAGAGAGAAUUAAACCAAAUUUAAUAAAAUACUACUAAUAAAAAGGAAAAUCCCUCCCAGAUUGAGUCCUCCUUUGACAAAUAACUGCCAGCUGCAAAUUUUUACAGCCCACUUGUCAGCUACUGAAUAAACAGAGUUUAUAUUAGCAGUCCUGACAAACUCUUCUGUAGAUGGAAGAUGAGCUAGCAGGUGCUGCCAUAAUCAAGGUGUCAGAGUCCAUGAACAGUUUGUAUUCAGCAGAAGAAAGGCUGUAUGUAAAUUAUUACAUAUAAAUAUAAGGAAUGAUAGUGGGAAGGUGAAAAAUGUGGCUUCUCUCAGCUCUCCUGUGUUUUCCCUAGCAGGUGCACUCCUGUAACCCUUUCAGUGCCUGGCUGGAGGCAGUGCAGCCACGCUCAGUGCUCCUCAGAUAGGUUUCCUUUCUCUUUAAAGCUAAUUUGACACUGCAGCAUUUCGCUGACACUAAGCAGCAGCCCUUAGGAACAAAACCCAUCUGUUUAUAUUUAAGCCUGUUAGGGACAUGGAGCUGUAAAAAGUUUUUCUUUCAUUAUCCUGAUCACCAUUUAAAUUCCUCAUCACCUGAAAAAAACCAAGAAGAGUUGAAGUCUAUGAAAAAUUGUUAUGCUGUUCCCAUUAAUUGUGACUGACUGCAUUAUUGACUCAUUUAUAUGACAGUACUGACAAGCUGGAAGAGAAAUAGCUGCAGAAACUGAAAUCUCUGGGAGAAUGUGGCAGGAUUUUUUCCUUUAAUGCCUGAAUGUCACACGAAGUAGCAUUUUAUUCAAGAUGUAUUAUUUUCCAUCUUUCACAGGCUAAUCCAGCACAGAGCUAAAUAUCAAUGCAGUCAGAACUGAGGCAAGCAAAUAAGAAGGUCAAGAUUUCAUCUAGCUGAGCUCAGAAAUGUUGAGGGUGUUCCAUUAUUUCCUUGUCCUGCCUCUCUCCUGACCCACAGCUUUUUGCUCCUCGUCCCUUAGCAGCCAGUUAAUGCUGUCCAUUAAUAAAGAGCUUGGUGCAAGAGCUCAAGCAGGUAGAAGCAGGGCUGGAGCAACAGCUUUUUAGUGCCUCAUUUAUUGAUUCCUUUUGGCAUAUUGGGUUUUUUCUGUGAGAACACAGUGGUGUACAACCCAGCAAUCAGGACAUCUUGGUAAUUAUCCUCACACCAUUACAGAAUCACAGGAUGUUAGGGGCUGGAAGAGACCUCUGGAGAUCUUCAAGGCCAACCCCCAUGCCAGAGCAGGACCAUAGAAUCCAGCACAGGUCACACAGGAACACAUCCAGCUGGGGCUGGAAAGUCUCCAGAGAAGGAGACUCCACAACCUCUCUGGGCAGCCUGCUCCAGUGCUCUGUGACCCUUACAGUAAAGAAGUUCCUCCUCAUGUUGAGGUGAAACUUCCUGUGCUGUAGUUUCCAUCCAUUGCUCCUUGUCCUAUCCCAUGGCACAAGUGAGCAGAGGCUGUCCCUGUCCCUUCCUUCCUGACCCCCAGCCCUCAGGUAUUGAUAGACAUUGAUUAGAUCCCCUCUCAGUCUUCUUCUCUCCAGACUAAUUCUCCCUUAGAUGCCAUUUUUAUAUCUCUGCAAUCAUUAAGUUCUGGUGAGAUACCUCCAUCUCUGGAACCCUCAUUUUUAGUGCUGUUAUCACUGCUUCAGUCCUGUCCCUCCCCUUUCAGCCCCAGUGAAGGUGUACUCUAGCUCCACUUUUAGCCUUCUCCCAGGAACCCAGGACUUCAAAGGCAGGACACCUGUGAACGUGAGACAUCUC